AUGCAAGCACCGAUGAUAUCAGUGCCUCUCAAGGCAACCAACGAAAUCGACUGGAUACAGCCGUUGAAAAACUAUAUCAGACAGACGUUUGAUGCGUUCACACAUAAAGCCACUGCACAAUACUCCCUGGCAUACGAAAAAGCUUCGAUUAUAUUCAACAUUUCUGCCGUGCUAUCAUGUCAUGCAGCGCAUCAAAACCGAUCAGAAGACUCAGGCCUCAAAACUGCGUAUCACUCGUUCCAAGCAUCUGCCGGCAUGUUCACUUAUAUCAACGAGAACUUUCUCCAUGCACCAUCCACGGACUUAAGUCGAGAUACAGUCAAGACUUUGAUUCAAAUUAUGCUUGCUCAAGGCCAGGAGGUAUUUCUUGAAAAACAAAUCGCCGACGGUAAAAAGGUUGGACUAUUAGCAAAACUUGCUAGCCAAGCAGGUUAUUUGUAUUCUCAGGCGCUAGAGGGGACCCAGGACAACGUAAAUAAGGCCAUAUUUGAGAAAGUUUGGCUACUGGUGGUACAAAUCAAAGCAAAUUACAUGUCAUCUCUAGCUCAAUAUUACCAAGCUCUUGCAGAUGAUGAUGCAAAUUCACAUGGUGUAGCCAUUGCACGACUACAGGCAGCAGAAAUUUCAUCCAAGGAUGCCAGCAAACUUGCUAACAGUUUCCCCGGAAAUGUACCCGUCAAUUCGAACUUUACAUCAGAGACGGGCGCAACAUUAAUAGAGAUUAACAGGCGUCAUCUUAGUAAUGUGCAAGAAAAACUUGCUGAACUUAUUAAGGACAAUGACUACAUCUAUCACCAGACUGUACCAGCCGAAGCAGCUCUCACCGUAAUCCCCAAGCUUCCAGCGGCUAAAGCGAUACCGGUUAGCGAAUUAUACGCUGGGCAAGAUAUUCAGCGUAUCACUGGACCUGAUAUCUUCCAAAAGAUUGUGCCCAUGUCUGUUACGGAGUCAGCCAGUUUAUACGACGAAGAAAAGGCGAAAUUGGUGCGGGCAGAGACGGAGCGCGUAGAAACCGCCAACAGCGAAAUGGCUGCAAGUCUAGACUAUCUUAGAUUACCUGGAGCGUUACAGGUUCUUAAGGGCGGUUCUGAUCAAGAACUGAGCGGGGGAGAAGACUUUAGGAAUUGGUGCGACGAUUUAGCCGGGCAUGUUUCUCCUAUGUCGAUAUUUGACUCUUUGAAAUCAAGCAAAGAGGCUAUAGUAUCAAUAUUGGACAAAAGCAGCAAGCAGUUGGAUAUGGAGGAGAGCGUCUGUGAGAAAAUGCGGUCGAAGUAUGAAGGAGAGUGGACUCAACAACCAAGCUCACGACUUACCUCUACACUUCGAAAUGAUAUACGAAACUAUCGUGAAGCUCUUGAGGAGGCUGCCCGUAGUGAUAAUCAACUUUACUCGAAAAUUUGCCAGCAUGAGGUUGACUUUGACGAAAUGCGCUCUGCUGGUGAAUUAGGCGAGUCUGAUGUGCUCUUCCAAAGGGCGUUGAUACAGGUCGGAGGAAAGUCGAGGAAUACCGCCGGGAGUCCUAGUUCGCGAGAAGGAAAUCUACUCGAUGAUGAUUUUGACGAUGGCAAAAAGAGCGUCGCAGAACAGAUAGCCAAAGUUGAGGAGAUUCUCAAAAAAUUAAAUCUAGUGAAGCGGGAGAGAUCACAAGUUUUGAAAGAUCUAAAAGAAAAGGUUCGUGAAGUAACUUGGAUCUAG